UCGCAAUGGAGCUGUUACUGAAGCUAGUCGCGCUAAUUCUCCGCGUGGUAAAUUUAGUGCUCGAACCGAUCCUCGCGUGGAUCGGUGGACCACCUCGAACGGACCCUUUUCCUGCGAUCCAAAACGAACUACUGCGAGUACCGGCCACGGAACUGGCCGAAAGGAUACGCCAGGGCAAGGUUCGUUCGGUGGAUGUGGUGCGUGCGUACGUGUUGCGAAUACGCGAAGUGAACCCACUGAUCAAUGCGGUGGUGGAGGAGCGUUUCGAGGCCGCCCUCGGGGAAGCAGCUGAAGCGGACGAGCGUGUAGCGGCGUGUGGGGGCGAUGCGGAAGCAGUGGGAAAGUUGGCCAAAGUUUGCCCACUGCUCGGUGUACCGAUCACGGUGAAGGAAAGCUGCUCGGUUAAGGGACUUGCCCUGUCCGGUGGUGUUGUGCGCCGCCAGAACUUGACGGCGGAAGAGGAUGGUGAGGCGGUCGGUAGGUUGCGGAACGCGGGUGCCAUUCCACUGCUCGUAUCCAAUACGCCUGAGUACUGUAUGGCGUUCGAGUCGUAUAAUAACGUCACGGGAAGAACGCUGAAUCCGUACGAUCCGCGCCGUACGCCGGCAGGAUCGUCCGGGGGUGAAGGUGCAUUGCUUGGAGCCGGUGCAUCCGUGUGUGGUGUGGGAAGUGAUCUUGGUGGAUCGAUUCGUAUUCCAGCAUUAUUCUGUGGAAUCUUUGGACAUAAACCUUCGGCAGGAAUCGUCUCAAUUAAGGGACACAUGCCCGUCUGCACCGAUGCUCACUUCGACCAGUACCUAUCGCUUGGACCAAUGUGUCGUUACGCGAAGGAUCUGCCGCUGAUGCUCGAGAUUAUGAGUGGUCCGAAUGCAAGCAAACUGCGCCUAAACGAAUCGAUCGAUGUGGAUAAGCUGAAGAUAUACUACCCGCAGAAGCUUGAUCUUACCGUUAAUGCCGUCCCCAUUGCACCGGAAAUCCGGGAAUCGUUGCGAAGUGCGCUGAAAUACUUCCAGAACAAGUGUGUCUACACGGAACCGCUCAACUUCCGGUACUUUUGUGACAGUAUGCAAAUAGCUUCAAAUGCACUACAAACACUCAAGGACGUGCCGAACGUGUUUGCGUCCCAGCAACCUAACCUGUUCUGGGAGCUGGUGAAGGUGGUGUUGCGCCAGUCGGAGCACACUUUCGCUACGAUCUUCAUGUAUCUGCUUUCCGCUUCGAAAGCCACCGUAAACGAGAAGAACCGUGCCCGAUACAGUCGGAUGGAGGCUGAACUUAAGGAGGAAUUUACGAGAAAACUCGCUACGGACGGUGUAUUUCUGAUGCCAUCCUUCCCGAAGCCGGCCCUGCGCCAUUACGAAUCCUUUGGUCACGUUACGGGCUUUAUGUACACGAUGAUCAUCAAUGCGCUCGGAUUUCCUUCCACACAGGUGCCGCUAGGGUUCAAUCGCGAUGGACUGCCCGUCGGUAUUCAGGUGGUGGCCGGACCGAACCAGGAUCGACUGUGUCUGGCGGUAGCUCAGGAGCUAGAGAAGGCGUUCGGUGGUUGGCAAUCGCCGAAGUAA